AUUACCCUACUUGAAUUGCUUGUACUUUAGUUGAUUACUUUACUGACUGAUUGAUACAUUGCUUGAUCUGUUUAAUGUCUAAUAAGCUGUUGUUUAUUUUAUAGGGUGUUCAUUUCCUUAGGACUCAAUUGAGGACUAUUGCUAACAAGCUUUGUUGACAUCCACAAUUAAAAGGAAAACCAUGGAUAAAAAAUGGAUGUCUGCCGAUCGAUUGUCGAAAGAGUACGAGAAUGGGGUAUUGGAAUUCGUUAAGUUUGCUGUUGAACAUGUCAAAGACCCCAGUCGAAUGAAAUGUCCUUGCUUGGGUUGUUGUUAUAUGGGUCGGGUUGACGCAGAUGGAUUGAAAUCGCAUUUACUGAUGCGUGGAAUUGAUCGAAGUUAUACGUGUUGGAUAUUUCAUGGUGAGAAAAUUAACGAGAAUGUUGAACAGAGGGAGAAAAGUAAUACGACCUAUGCUUCAUACGACAAAGACACGGAAACAUACGAUUGUGAUCGAGUUGAAGAGAUUGUAGAAGCACUGGAUGAAGAUCUUCAUGAUUGUCCUGAAAUGUUUGAGAGGAUGGUAAGCGAUGCAGAGAAACCGUUGUACAAAGGUUGCACUAAAUUCUCAAGACUUUCUGCGGUAUUAAAGUUGUACAACUUAAAGGCGGGCAAUGGAUGGUCGGAUAAAAGUUUCACAGAGUUGUUGGCCCUUAUGAGAGAAAUGCUACCGGAUGAUAAUGUUCUUCCUAAUCGAACCUAUGAGGCAAAAAAAAUGUUGUGCUUUAUUGAAAAGGGCGUGUUGGAUAUGGACGCUUUAGAGCAGUCUAUAUUAACAAAGGAGAAUAGUUCUGAAACAUCUCUUCCGGCACAUGUUUUGUGGAAGGAAGCCCGUGUCGGUAAGGAUGGAAAGAUUAAAGAAGACGUUCAACAAAUAUUUGAGAAAUGUGAGACUCUAUCUCAAUCUAUAGUUCCAUAUGAAGACACUGAUUGCAGGAGCAUACUGAGUCGAGCAUUAGAUGUUCCUGAGUAUUCUGGUCGGGUGAGGGGCAAGGGAUUUGGGAUCACUCAAAAAUCCUUGAAUAUUAAAAAACAAAAGACUCCUAGCAAUAAAGAACUGCAGCAAACUUUGGAAGCAUUAAAAGCUGAAGUUCUUGAAUUAAGAAAGGAAAGAGAAAGAGAUCGAGCAGCGGGUUUUAAAGAUACUAGUGACAAAGAUAGUAUCAAUUGUAAUUUUCAACCGACUAUUCCAGAGGGCAUUUCACCUUGUCACCUCUACUUAGCGAGACCGACUUAUCGGAUGGUUGGCAAGGGGAAAGUUCAUAACAAUUUGGGUGAAUUACUUCACACUAAACCGCUCCCUACUGGAUCUUUGAAAGUCUCGGUUGAUAUUGCUUUGGAGAAGGAUGCGUUAUUACCACAUCCUGACGAUGUUUCGGAUGCAACUUUAUUGGGAGAUGCCAUAGGUUCAUUUGUUGCAUGGCCGACAGACCUCAUUAUCGUAGGAUAUGAGACUCCCACAAAAUCCAAAGCAAAAGAUAAGGGGAUUGCGCGGGAAAUCGAGUCAGUUGCAUCGCAAAAAGAGAUUCCUGUUGCUAAGAAGACUGAAAUUUCCAAGAGGACCGGGGCUAAAAAGAAAAAUCCUUCCAAGUAUAGAGCGUGCCUCCAUACAUAUUUAGAAACGACAGAUAUUUCGGAUGGAUGUGUUCGUUUAAUACCUAUGGAUGGAGCUAUUUUUGGUUUUGAGUAUGCCGAGCCAUUGGGUAAAGAGGAUUUUGAUCAAAUUUUGUAUCAUACGCAAUUAAGCGUUGGUGUUAUCAACACAUACAUGAGGUAUUUAUAUGACAAAUUGAUGGGUCCGCGUGGGUUGGAGCAAAGAUUCUCAUUCUUAAAUCCCAUGAAAACGAACUUAACCGAAAUGAUAAGAAAACCAGAUGAAGUCAGGACGUAUGUAGUCGAGCGCUUUAUGGCCGACACAGAUAGAGAAAAGUUGUUCUUUUUACCGUUUAAUACCGGCGACGGUGGACAUUGGUUGUUGGUCGCGAUAAAUCCUUUUAAAGAAAUUGUGUAUUAUUUGGAUUCUUUACACAAUGAUUGGACAACAUACCCUGCUAUGAAGACGAUAGUUGACACCAUUAUACAAACUGUUCGAGCACAAAGAAAAAUUCAAGUACCAAAGAGAAAAGCCAAUAACAUUACAUGGAAUAGAGUGGAGUGUCCUCGACAGCGUAAUAAUAUAGAUUGUGGAUAUUACACGUUGAGGUUUAUGAAAGAAACUCUUCUUAUGGAUCGAACAGAUAUUCCAUCUGAUUACUUUGAUGAAUAUAGAUGUGCUUAUUACUCAAAAGAUCAGUUGGAUGAAAUUAAAGAGGAAUUGUGUCAAUUCAUUAUCGAGCUACAGGUUUUGUGAGGUUAUAUAGCAUAUUUAGAAGAUAGAACUAGAAUGUGUUGAAAUACAUUUUGAUUAGCAUUUUUGGAGGUUAUUAGAAAUGUGUAGAUUUUUUGUAAAGGCAAACAUUUUCAAGUAUAUAUAUAAAUACUCAAAAAACUGCUGAAAUUAGAAGUA